AUGGACGCAAAACAGCUAAAGUCCUUCGUCAACGGCCACCGCAUCAGCUUCACAGAGUCAAAGUCCAGCAACCGCGAGUACGCCCAGCACCUCGACAGCACCGACCCGCUCGCGCGCUUCCGUGCAGAGUUCCUCAUCCCGUCAAAGGCGGACCUGCGCGACCCGCACCCCGAGGCCAAGCCUGCCGCUGAGCAGAACGACCCCACAGACCCCUGCAUCUACCUCUGCGGCAACUCGCUCGGCCUGCAGCCCAAAGCAACCCGCGCCCUGCUCAACGAGGAGCUCACCAUCUGGGCCACGCGCGGCGUCCAGGGCCACUUCAAGCACCCGCUCUCGCGCCCAUGGGUCAGCGCCGACGAGGAGGUGACGCGCCACAUGGCCAACGUCGUCGGCGCGCUGCCCACAGAGGUCGCCGUCAUGGGCACGCUCACAAACAACAUCCACAACCUCCUCGCCAGCUUCUACCGCCCCGACCGCUCGGGCAAGGGCCGGAGGAAGAUUAUCAUUGAGGGGAAGGCAUUCCCGAGUGACCAUUACGCAGUCGAGUCGCAGAUCCGCUGGCACGGCCUCGACCCCGCCGAUGCGCUGGUCACAAUCUUCCCCGAGGCCGAGCGCGCCAUGUUGACGACGCAGCAGAUCUGCAAGGUCAUUGACCGCAACGCCGACGACACGGCGCUGCUGUUCCUGUCGGGCGUGCAGUUCUACACGGGGCAGGCGUUCGACAUCAAAGCCAUCACGCAGCACGCCCAGGCCAAGGGCAUCGUGGUGGGCUGGGACCUGGCCCAUGCGGCGGGCAAUAUCGCGCUGGAUCUGCACGAGUGGGGGGUUGAUUUUGCGGUCUGGUGCAGCUACAAAUACCUGUGCAGCGGCCCCGGCGGCAUCGCCGGCAUCUUCGUGCACGAGAAACACGCCUCCCCCGACCGCCACCGCCUCGCCGGCUGGUGGGGCCACGACCGCCUCUCGCGCUUCAACAUGGACAACACCUUCAACGCCAUCCCUGGCGCCGCCGGCUACCAACUCUCCAACCCCUCCAUCCUCGACCUCACCUCCCUCCUCUCCUCCCUGCAGCUCUUCAGCGCCGCCACCAUGCCCGCAAUCCGCACAAAGUCCGUCCAGCUCACCUCCUACCUCGAGCACCUGCUGCACACGCAGUUCCCGCCCGAUGACAAGAUGUUUGAGAUCCUCACGCCCUCGGACCCCAGCGCGCGCGGCGCGCAGCUCUCGCUGCUCUUCCGCGAGGGCCUCAUGAUGCGCGUGUUUGACGAGCUCCUAGAGAGGGGCGUGGUGGUCGAUGAGCGCAAGCCAGACGUCAUCAGGGUCGCGCCGUGCCCGCUGUAUAAUGGCUUUGAGGAGGUGUGGCUGUUUGUGCAGGAGCUCAAGAGGGCUGUUGGUGUGGUGAUUGGGAGGGCGGCGAAUGGGGAGGGGGCCGGGGAGGAGGCGGGGAGGGAGGCGGAUCUGAGGGAGAGGGGGCCGACGAGUCCGUAG